AAUUAACUUUUAUUUUUCUAUUAUUAUGAGAAGUUGGAGAACAUGGACAAUAGUCCUUAUAAUUGUCUUUAUAGGCUUAAAUAUAUUCUAUUGGAAAGCAUAUACAUGUACUGAUCCAAGGUUUUGCAAUAUGAAUAAGGAGGAACUUGUACAAGAAGAUAAUCAUCUUCAAGAUAAAGAUAUUCCACCUUCACCUUCACCUUCUUCAGAAAUAGUAGAGCCUACUCCAAAAAAAGAAAUUCCAGAUAAUAUUUUGCUUCCUGUCUCAGAAGCAGUUCUUUAUGAACAUGUAGAUACCAAUCCUCAACCAUUGAAAAAGCCAGAUACACACUAUCCAAAUAUUCAUACACACUACAAUGAAAAUCUUGGUACUCUUGCACCUACUGCUGAUAAAACUACUUACCGAUUAACUAAUGAAGGUUUAAAAUAUGCUACUUCGGGGGAUUUAUGGCAAAUUGGUAUUAUUAAUACAAAGCCUGAUGUUUUCAUUGUUACCAAUACCAAUUAUAACGAUAUUAAUAACCAUUAUCAUCGGGAAUUUAGAAUUUAUACACUUAUGAAAUGGAUUCUUCGUGUUCAUCGUCGCGACCCUAAUCGAGAUACACCUUUAGUCAUGGUUGAUGCUGGUUCAAAUCAUGGUCUUUUUUCACUUGUCGCUGGUGCAAGUGGCGCUCAUGCAAUUGCUUUUGAACCUCAAACUCACUUAAGAAGUAUUAUAAAUUUGGCAAGUAGAGUAAAUCAAUUAUCGGAUCGUAUUCGAGUUCUUCCAUUUGCUGUAUUAGACAAGUUUAAUAAACUUGCAAUGGAAAAAGUGGAAAUUAAUGAUGGUGGUAUUGGUGGUCUCUCAUAUGAUAAUCCAAACGCACUUAUUACAACUCAAACCAUACGUCUUGAUACAUUACCUGCUUAUCAUCUUCUCUAUCCAAAAUCAUCUACUAGUUAUCAACAACAAGCUAAAGAAUCUAUUUUAGAUCCUGAAGAUUUAGGUACCGCCUAUUCUCAAGCCAUCAUAGAUGCUAUUGGUGGUAGUAAAGUGUCAUUAGAAGAGAAUCAAAUAGAUGAAUCUCUUCUUUAUCGACAACCUAUUCAUUUCUUAAAGAUUGAUGUAGAAGGUUUUGAAGUGCCUGCGUUAAGAUCUGCUGCUAAACUAUUUGAAAAAGGACUUGUUGAAAAUACAGUACUUGAAUUUGGUCCUCCUAGACGUUGGGAUGUCACUAUCCCUGAGGCUUCAAAGAUGGACAUAAAUGCUAUUCGUAGCAGGACAAUGAAGGAUGCAAAGGAAAUCUUACAUCGCGCAGUCAAUGAAUGGGAUUUGGAUAUCUAUCUUUUGCCCGCAGAGGGAUGGGAAAGGACAGUUCGUUUUAUGCUUGAUCAUGGUAUCGAUUAUAGUGGAGGAAAUCCAGCUAAAAACAAAGUAGUUCGUAAACUCUUGGCUUGGGACUUUGAUAGUCUACCUAAAGAUCAUGAUGAAUUUGAACGGGAAUUAGAAUUAAAAGAUAACGUCGUAACCGAAUUCAUUCCCUUACCAGCUCAUUUAAUUGAUGCCUAUUUAGAUGAUUCAGAUUCUAUUGGUGAAAUGUAUUUAUGGUUUACAAAGAAGACUUCAAAGAAGAAUAGUCCUGUAUUACAAAAAAUUAUAUAGAUAGAUAGUUUUUUUUUAUUAUUAUUAUUAUAAUGAUUCUACUAUAUUAGAUUGUUUCAAUUUAUUAUAAUGUUUCUA